UCGGGCGUUUCCGAGGGUGACCACUGGUAUGUGUGACAUCACUGUGCUGUUGUUUAAAUGGUCACCGAGGCUUCGUUCUGGUCAGAGACGCGUCCUGCAGCAUUCAGGACAGAACCCAACCUCAGGCUAAACUAGAGCGGUUCUCCACUCGAGAACCUACUUACUUCUCAACUCUGGAACUUUAGAACUUUUUUCUUUUUUUACAUUCUAAAUAUUUAUCUCCUGAAACAAAGAUGACUCCUUCAUCUUCUCACUUCUUCAUCCUCAUCCUUUACAUCACUAUGGCGACACAGGUGGCCAGCAGACCAUCACCACGGAAACCAGACUCUCAGAUUCUGAAGGAUCUGUUUGGGCCGGAGAUCAGUUCACUCUUAUUGGCCCAACCAGACAUCACGGAGGGGUCCGCUCAGAGCCCCGCCCCCUCUGAGACCAAGGGGAAUGGCCUACCUGCGCGCAGUGUAGGGGUUGAGCCUCACAGAGCCGUUCCCCACCUCUUCCUGGGCUUCCUGAGCAGAGAGAGAAAGCUGAGGGGGCGGAGCAGGAAGAGCCCGGCACGUGGCUGCUUCGGAAUGAAGGUGGACCGCAUCGGAGCGCUGAGUGGACUCGGAUGCUAACACAGGAGUCACCUGACCCAGCGUUUGUGUGGGAAACCUGCUGCUGGAACAGCGAUACUCCAAUGACCUCUCACCCUGCACUCAUCCUCUCAUCCCUCCAUCCGUCUGGAGGCCACAGAUUUUAAAGCGAAACAUCCAGCAGUGCAGAAAGAGACAUUCUGUAAAACUGGAUAGCACAACACAAACAUGGGGGCUUCAUUCGGGAGACCCUCACUGACUUGCGAUAUGGACAGGAACGAUAUAUACUUAUAGAAUGUAUUAUUAGUAAUAAUAAUAACAAUGUUAUUAUUAUUUACACGUGAAGCCUUUUUUCAGUGAUGAACAGCUGGACUGUCCAAUCCAGCUGCGGAUACAGAUGGAAUGCUUGAUUGACAUGUAGACUAGCCAAUCAGAAAUUACCAAACGUGUGUAGUAAAAUGGAGUUGACAUCAGCUGGUGGUCAGAAAAUUGGCCAAGAAGUGAGACUGACCACUAAUCCUGGAACAGAAAUGCAACAUGAAUCGUGGGCCAUGAACUGACCUGUGGUCAGUCGCCUGGAGUCCACCACGGCCUGGUGGAAAGCUGACCUGUCCUGACCUUUUACUCAGGGCCAAACUUGUAUCUGUUAGUGUUUGUAUAACUGGACUAUCCAGGAUCAACCUCCAAAUGUGUUCUCUCGUAGCUGCUGUUGGGCAGCUGGACAAGCAUGUUCAAGCAGUUUAUAUCACAAUACCUACAUUUAGAGUCGGUUAUUCAUUCAGCCUAAUGAGAAACUGUAGAACGGACUCGGUUUAUAUCACAAUACCUACAUUUAG